AUGUUACAGGCACAACAGCUAGCAAUUGCUCAGCUACAAAGCCACCAGAAAACACCCAGCACGGUAACACCGGAAACGGCUCCCCAAGCUAAGCAGGCACCAAGAAGAUCAAGCAACAAUGGGUUGGCAGGUAGCUCGACCAAUAUUAUCAAGUCGAGGGUAGUGGAGAAACUCGGACUGCUUGACCAAAUCGUGCCCGCCUCUCGAGUUCUCAACAUGUUCAACAUGGCGAGUAAAACAACAAAAGAGGAAAUCACCAUCCCGAUCAAUGUGGCUGGCACUAUCCAAUAUGCCAAAUUCCAUGUCAUCGAAGGAGACAUGAGGUGCAAUGCCUUGAUCGGAAGGCCAUGGAUACACUGCAUGAGAGCAGUACCAUCACCCCUUCACCAAAUGAUAAAGUUUCCGACGAAGGAUGGAAUAAAAACCGUGUACGGGGAACAACAUGCAAUGAGGGGGAUAUUCGUGGUACACGAUGUAGCACCGACACCAACACCUUCGACGUCGAAGAAACCAUAG